CAGUUGUUAACCAUUUUAUCGGUAAAACGAUUAUUUUUAUUACAUUUAUGCUGAUUUUUAUUGCAAUAGUACUUCUGCUAAAACCUCUGCGCUUUCGGUGGUAUGUAUGUAGUGGAUUAUUUAUUUUUUAAUGCCAUAUAAACAAACAGACAGAAUAAAGAUGGCUGGUUUUGCAACAGUAUUGAAGCCGCGCGGAGUCGCGUGCGCAUCUUCUAGUCAUAGAUUAAGCCUGUGUUUUGUUUUUGUUAUAUUAUUAGGUAUCCCAAGUGCACAUUCCCAGUUAGAAAAAUUGUAUAUAAGUGAAACGGAUCUCAACAUCCUCGUGGAUGACACGCAUCUCAUGAAACUGAUACAAAUUGGACAAUACAAUGAAAGUCUACAAGUGACGGCGAACAUCCAACAUCCAGACAUCGUGCAGUUUGUCCCCCAAACUAUAGACAUUCCAGGGUCUAAAGAACCGAACACAACAGUGAAGAUCACAUACGAUAUCUGCGCAUACGCAAAGAGUCCAGGACAUUCUGAGGUCACAUUCAACGUGACACCAGCUGGAUAUGUCAACAUGGACUCAGUGUUCCUCCGUAUCACAGUGAUGCACUCCCACGCAAUCAACGUAAUCUCCUACAUCAUGGGCUGGAUCUACUUCGCAGCCUGGUCGGUCUCCUUCUACCCUCAAAUCUACAUCAACUUUAAAAGGAAGAGUGUCGUUGGACUUAAUUUUGACUUCUUAGCGCUGAACAUCAUGGGUUUCACUAUGUAUUCGUUGUUUAACUGCGGCCUUUACUUCUCUAAGGAUAUUCAGAGUGAAUACUUCGCCCGUCACCCUCGUGGUCUGAACCCGGUACAGCUAAACGAUGUGUUCUUCUCACUGCACGCUGCGUUCGCUACUCUCAUCACCAUUGCUCAGUGCUUCAUCUACGAGCGCGAAGACCAGCGAGUAUCAACGACAGGUCGCAGCAUUCUCGGCGUGUUUACGGCAGUGGUGAUAGUCUCGGCUGGAGUCGGCGCCGCCGGGAAACUCGCCUGGCUCGACUUCCUUUACUACUGCAGUUACAUCAAGCUCUCCAUCACGCUGAUUAAAUAUGUACCUCAGGCUUACAUGAACUACAAACGCAAAUCAACAGUCGGCUGGAGCAUUGGCAACAUUUUCCUAGACUUCGUUGGAGGUUCCCUGUCUAUCCUACAGAUGGCGCUGAACGCCUACAACUACAACGACUGGAUCUCUUUCUUCGGCGACGCGACCAAAUUCGGCCUCGGCUUGUUCAGUCUCGUCUUCGAUAUAUUCUUCCUUCUACAACACUACGUAUUCUAUAGAGAGGGCAAAGAGUUUGUGAGGGUUAACAGUAGUGACGAAGGGUCGGAGUUGUCGAGCAGUAGCGAGGGGAGGGAGUAUUUUGUUUUGGUCCACGAUUGGCAUGCCGAUGAGAAAAAGUAUGAUCUGGACGUCAAAGCGUGAUGAAGACCACAUCUAUCAAGGACCUGUUCCACACACUAAUUUAGACAUAAUUGUAACUCCAGUAAGAUUUAAUUUUGAACUACAACAUUCAGAUCGUUGCUGAUGUCUGAUUCUAGCUUUAUUUGAAUAUUUUCUGUUUUAGUAAUUUAAGUUAUAAAGUAAUUAUGUUAAGUCAUGCAAUGCUUUAACGUCUAUCGAUUUUAUUUUGACAGAUUAUUUAGUUUGAUUCCAUGAAAUAUUGCGAUCAGUAUUCAUCCGGUUAUUUAAAAUAACAGUUCCGUUGUUUCCAAUAUUUUUAAGAAAAUUUCAAAGUUUGUUUCAAAUGAUGCCAUUUUUCUGAUGUCCUUUUUUAAUCUGUAACUGCCAUAAUCUGUAUUUUGAACUUGGGAUACCAUUAAGCAAUGCAAAUUUAGGUUAUAGUAUAUUUAUUUAAUCGAAUCCAAGACAUUGAAUGUUUGAAAAAUUAUUAUUAUUAGUUAAGGUACUUUGCCCAACAAAAUAUUAUUAUUAUUACUGUUUAAAACAUGAUAAACAGACUGAUUUUAUUGUAUUUUGAGCAUUUAUGAUAUUCGUGGGACUAUUAUUGUGUUAUUAUUUUUUCGUGAUUUUAUUAAUAGUCCUAUUCAAUCUUAUGAAGAUUAAAAGUUAAAUAGCCAAAUUGUUAAAAAGCA